GAUCAGAGAACACUGUAAUUUAUAAGCCUGAACGUCGGGAAAUCAUCGGAAACCACUAUUUUCGCCGCUGCGGCGUAUAUUAUACACAUUAAUUAAUAAGAAUUUUCUUCCAAAAAAAAAAAUAAAUAUUUUCUUCCAAAAAAAAAAAUAAUUAUAAUUUUCAGAUGGCUCGCACAUUCUCCACAGCCAAACAGCUCUCUUCUUUCGUCCUUCACAGAAUAUCCGUCGCCGCCACCUGCAGGAGGGGAUAUGCGGCGGUUGAGGCAGCGGAGGGAGCGGUGUCGAGUGGAAGUCCGGCAAAGAGCAAUGCUACGCCGCCGAAAAGUGGAAAUGAAGGCCAAGACAAGGCGGAAUCUUCAUGGUAUCCGGAUCCUGUAACAGGGUAUUAUAGACCCGAGGAUGAAGAUAAUAAGGAGAUGGACGCUGUUGAGCUGCGUCAGAUGUUCUUGAAAAAACAGAAACCGAAGAAAGCGAUUUGAGAAAAAUCUGCUUAAAAAAAAAUAAUGUUUUGUGUGUUGGAUAUGGUAUUGUGGAAAUUUUUAGAUUUAGAAUUAAUAUAGGCAAUAUAUAUAGCGCCUUCAGUAUUAUUGUUGCAUGCAACUUUUUCAUACGAUAUUGUGGAUAUAAUAACACUAAUUUAAUAAUAAUC